CGUAAAAGAAACGGCUGAGAUUGUGACGUGUUGUCAGGAGCAGUUUGUCUUUGCAGUUAUCUCCGUCAUGUACUUCGUGACUGACGAGAAAAGGCGGACAGUGAAGUUCAAACAUUCGCUAUGUUACUACGGUUAUGUUGACCUACUUAACUGUAUUAAUGAUUGUGAUGAUAAUUUGCUGUUAUUUGAUGUAGACAUAAAGCGGCUCCAGAUUUUCGAGCUAACACUGUAGAACUGAAGUCAUGGACCAGGAGCCAACUAUGUGGAUAAAAAAAGAGGGAAUGGAUGAAGUACAAACUGAGCUACAGUGCAUGGCCCAAGUUUACCCAUGCACCACGAAUGUAAAAGAAGAGUUGGAGGAGAAUGUGAAUAAAGAGACUAUUAAAGAUCCAUUGGCAGUAUCUUGGUCCAGUGAUUUUAUCAAGGAGGAUCCUGAGUUAAAUUUGGAAAUGGAUGUAACUGAGAAUAUUGUGGAAGCCUCAACAAGAUACGCAUCUGAUACUGCAAGAUGGACUCAGAAUACUGGUGGGAGCUGUGGCAUAUCAUAUGAAGAAAUUUGUCACCAUGGACUGGUCCAGGAUGAGUCGGUGAUAGACAUUGAGAAGUUUGGAACCAAUACAGAACAUGUGACUAUUGAUAAGGAAUGCUCAGUUGCCACUCAAUAUGACUGUAGUAAGAGGGAAAAGGAAUUACAUCUAUACAGCUGUGAUUUCUGCCAACAGAUCUUUCCUUCAAAAUACGGACUCAUAAUGCAUGUGUCUAUGCACACUAAUGGCAUGCAACCACCUUUGUAUGUUUGUAAGUGGUGUGGUGAGGUAUUUUACAGUAAGGUAAGUUUGAAAAAACAUUUGAUAAUGAGAGAGAAUUGUCAUGUCUUAACUGCUGGCAACCAUGAAAAAUAUGGCUAUAGUGAUGAGCAUCAAAGCAGUAUCUUCUUGGAUAGUGAGCCAGAAGUUUCUGUUACAGAACACAUUGAACAGUCUUCAUAUAAGGAAACUUGGAAAGCUUCAAAGAAGGCCUCUAAUGACAUGUGUAACACACACAUGAUAAAUGAUUCAGAGAAAACAAGCGCUUAUAUAAUUUUACCUACAGCUGGUAAUGUCAGUGCCGAAGCUGAUAUACAUACUGCAAACAGAACUGACAAAUGUGGUAUUCGUGGAAAAUGGUUUGCUAGAUCAGGCGAUCUCAAGGCACAGACAUUAAUUCACACUGGAAAGAAACGUCACAAAUGUGAGAUUUGUGGGAAAUCCUUUACUGCGUUAGGUGAUCUCAAGAAGCAUGCUUUUAUCCACACUGGAAAUAAACCACACAAAUGUGAGAUUUGUGGAAAAUGUUUUGCUAGAUCAGAUCACCUCAAGACUCACGCAUUAAUUCAUACUGGAAAGAAACCUCACAAAUGUGAGAAUUGUGGGAAAUCGUUUGCCCAGUCAAGUACUCUCAUGACUCAUUCAUUAAUUCACACUGGAAAGAAACCUCAUAAGUGUGAGAUUUGUGGAAAAUGUUUUGCUAGAUCAGAUUACCUCAAGACUCAUGUAGUAAUUCACACUGGAAAUAAACCUCACAAAUGUGAGAGUUGCAACAAAUCGUUUGCCCACUCAAGUACUCUCAUGACUCACAUAUUAACUCACACUGGAAAGAAACCUCACAAAUGUGAGAUUUGUGGGAAAUGUUUUGCUUUGUCAAAGCUUCUCAAGACACAUGCAUUAAUUCACACUGGAAAGAAACCUCACAUAUGUGAGAUUUGUAAGAAAUCUUUUGCUAGGUCAGGCACUCUGAAGAGGCAUAUAUUAAUUCACACUGGAAAGAAACCUCACAAAUGUGUGAAAUGUGGGAAAUCUUUUACUAGGUCAUUCACUCUCCAGAGACACAUAUUAAUUCAAACUGGAAAGAAACUUCACAACUGUGAGGUUUCUGGGUAAUCUGUUGGUACAUCAAGCUAUCUCAACAGAUCCGCAUUAAUUCACACUGGGAAGAAACGUCACAAAUAUGUGAUUUAUGGGAAAUCUUUCGCUAGGUCAAGCACUCUCAAGAGGCAUGUAUUAAUUCGCACUGGGAAGAAACUUCACAAAUGUGAGAUUUGUGGGAUAUCUUUUGCUGAGUCAGGCGAUCUCAACAAACAUGCAUUUAUAAACACAUCUGGAAAAGACCUCACAAAUGUGAUAUAUGUGGAAAAUCAUUUGCUACAUCAGGUGAUUUCAAGACACAUGCAUUAGACCACAGUGGAAGUGGACCUCACAAAUGUGAUAUCUGUGACAGUUGGGUACUUUCAAGACACAUGCAUUACUUCACAUCAGGAAGAAAUUACAAGUAAGUGUUAGUUUAUGCAAAUAGAUUUUCCUGAUUUGUGCUCUCAGGGCCUAUAAAAUAAUGAAUGUAAUAGGGGGACAGUAAAUUGUAAUGCCAGUGAAAUAACAUUAAAGUGUGGUUGAAUUGUGAAAAAAGUGAAAUAAUGUGUACUAUAUUGAGGUAACAAUAAUGUGCCAAUAUAAAAAUCCAUAUAUGCAGCUUGAGAUGUCAAGAAAUUGUAUUACUAAAUACUCCAGAAACAUGAAUCAAAUGUGUUUUUGUCAUUAACACUGCUGCUUUUUCCUAUCGAGGUUGAGGCAAGAAGAUUGUGAAUGGUGAUAAAUACUUAUCUUUGUCAGUAGCUAUAAUUACCAUGCAAUAUUCAAUAUAAGGCCAAGGAAAUGUGAUGACUUGCUGCUUAUUAUUCCUAACAUAGUCAUUAUGUAGUACUUGUAACUCUGCAUUGUAGAAAGUGACAGCAAAAAUAUAUUCAUCACACUUCCUUCACUGAGGCUAGUAAACUCAACACUGAAAGAACAUGAUUAUGGCAAUUACUUUACUUAGGUAUUUUUCCUCGAGAUAUUUGCUGUAUAUGUAAUUAGUAGUGUGUACAUUUAUGUUGUGUUAGUACAUAGCAACCUGCUUAAUAGCAUGUUUGCCCACCUGUGGAACACAAUACAAUGACAAUUCUACAUGAUAUGGAUUUGAGAUGUCUUCUACAUAUUUCUGGAUGUAUGUUGCACCAGUUGUAUUCAGAUCAGGUAAGUGGUGUGGUCGAGACAUCAGUGUUAGUUACCAUGCUACGUGGACCACUGUGGGGUCAUUCUGCACAUGUGACAUGGACAGUUACCCUGCUGAAAGAUGCCUUCACCAUGGGAGACCACAUCAGUCAUGAAGGAAUCAGUUGCAAUAUAGGUCACAUAGUCUGCAACUGUAAUGAUGCUUUCAAUUACUACCAGAUCUCCCAAAGGAGCCCAAGUGACUGUCACAUGGGGUAAUUGGCCCUCCAUAUGGUGCCAUUCACCUAGAUGAUACCAUAUCUGGAGGUGACAACUGACCUAGUGUAACAGGAAAUAUCACCCAUCCUGACAGCUGACAUUUGCAUUGGCCUUCAUUCCAGCAUCAAUGAUCCCUUGGCCACUGCAGUUGCAAUUGAAGGUUUUGACGGAUUGGUAUGGAAAAAUACAGUGACCGUAUGCUGUGAAGCCCCAUGUUCAACAAUGUAGAUUGAAUUGUGUAUUCAAAAACAUGUAUGGCUGCUGCAGCAUUGUUUUCUGUCAUUAUAUAUCCCACAUAUUGCCACAUGUUCAGCUUUACAGAGUAGGCAAACCUCUGAUCGCCAUGAUUUGUGAUGAAGUAUAGAUGUAUUACAGCUUUUCAUAAGGUUAUGGGUUUAUCACCUUUCAGCCACUUUCCACAGAGGUUCACAAAUGUAGCAUACAUCCAGCCAACCAGCUUCACCACUUUUGAGACGCUAGUUCCCAACUGCAAUACCACUGUAACUUGCCCGUUGCAAAAGUCACUUACAGCAUUCGAUUCACAUGCACGCAACCCAUCUAAUUGGUGGAACAAUUUCUUGUUAACCUCUGGUCUGCUUAUAUACCUGUAAUCUGCUUAUUGCAUCAUGUGCGUACAACAUGUGGCACUGAGUCUCCUGAUGGGCAGUGUUCAUAACAUUUUUGCUCAUCAGUUCAUCUUCAAGAGAACGGGUCGGAUGCGAAAAUGUGUAAUCUAACAAAUUCAUUGUGCUUGGUUGCUUUUACACCAGUCCACAACUGCUGUAUUUUCUGUGAAAUUUUUUUGUUUCACAAAGCUUUGUACAUGAUUCAGAGAUAAUGUAGAUAAGUGUUAUCCAUCAAACCUAUUAAUUAUUUGUUCUGCACUUAAUACUGUGGAUCUUCUCUAAAAGUUAAAUAGGUAAACAAACAUUAGAUGUUACAAUUCGAUUCCAUAUAUUUUUAUACACAAGAAAAACACUUGGGAGAUCUCAGAACGUCAGUACUAAAUAUUUCUUGUCUUAUAUUCAAAGAUGUUUCGAUUGUGGAUAUUUUUCUGAAGUUGUGUAAAUAAAUGAGGUUUUUGAAAUCUGUA